AUGGUCCCUUCCGCGUCUCGUGAAGUCGCUUCCAUUCUCACUGUGUAUGAUCAAUGGUGGCAAGAUGCAAGAAAUCACUUCCAAAGGGAGAUGAAAGCUAGAGCUACGCGGCCUGCAGAUGUCAGACAUCGUUCUCUCUUAGAUGAAUCAAGUGUAGGAGAGAAUACUAGUGACGAAGAUAUAGCAGAUAACCAACAGUCACCUCGCUCGGAGCGAAGCACUUACGAACUUAGGAAUCCUGGCUCAGGACAAGGCCAUCAUGAGCAACCUCCCCCGAGGAGCUUAGUCCGGCGUUGUUGGGACUUCAUCUGUCUGCCUUGUGGCAAAGUUAGGACGGCGAUAAAAGAAAAAAGCCGCCGAAUUCAAACAAUCCAAAAAACCGAUAACUUGACUCUAGAAGAGCUCUGCGUAGUUCGCAGCAUCUCUCAAAGACUGGCUGCUCAGCGCAGCCGUAAAUUCUUUCAAACGUGGGUAUCAAUUCUAUUGUUCCUUCUAUCGGUCGGAGGCGGAUACCUUAGAGCAGUGGAGUAUUAUGAGAGGCGCAAGACUAGUCAGACAGCUCACACGCUUGCGAUUGUUAUGCUCUUCUCAUUCCUCCUUUUCGCCGUCUACGUCAACGGACAUGUGGUCUUCGCCAAUCGCCUUCCCUUAGGACAUUGUUUCCAAAGCCGCGGCUUCGUCGUCAAGGACGGCAGCAUUAUGAGACCGCCAGGAAUCGCUAUAGGGAAGAGAGGAGCCUAUUCUGGCAUCGUCAACUCGUGGCGACCAGACAAGUAUUUGAGGGCUCAUGACAUUGAUGAUCGCUCAAUUUGGAUGCUCCUCACAGUGUCAAUCUUCGCAGUUAUUUGCUCCUGGGUACCAGCUUUUACAAUCUCGUAUCAUACGCCGACGAUAGGCUUCGGAUGCCGCUCGCUUGCAUGGACAUUGAUCGUGUGUGGUUGGGUAGUGAACGCGGCUUGUGACAUAUUCGGAGAAUGCAUCAAGUGGAAUAAAAAGAGUCGUCUAGAUUUUUCAACUGCGGCUUUGUAUUAUUUCUCCUAUGUCCGAGACGCACUUGUGACUCUUGGGGUCGUUUCCGCAAUCGUAACCGCACAACUCGGGAUUAUGAACAACUGUUGGUGCAGAGCAGGUGUCACAUCCAGCUACAUAGAGACAGCUGUAGAGAUUGGUCCUCCAACCGACGCUAUGAGACGUGAAGGAAGUAUUCUCUGGUUGGCAGCGGCCCUUGGUGGUCUUGCCGGCAUCUUUUUCGUCAUAUUCUAUGCUGGACUAGAUGGCGAGAAUGGACGCUUGCUCUAUGUUCGAUCGCAAGCAGAGAGUAUGGCAGAGCAGCGAGGCAUCGAUCUUGAACAACGCUGGCUGUAUAGUCAGAAUCAACAACCUCAUUUUACAGCUCCGGGAGAAAUGCAUCCUCCGGCGCAACCAGAAGAAGGAACAAGUCUUUUGAAUCCAGCUACAGCCAGCGUAGGAUACCGAGCCACUUCGAACACUAGCAGUCCCUCACGAGAAGGAAGCAUGGAGAGAGAACCCCUCGUCUCGAGGUAA